AUGAAGUUUAAGCCCGCGCUGGAACGGAGGCCGGGCGGUGGCCUAAAGUGCCGUGUCUCACAGGACGGGGUGCACAGGACCCUCGGCGCUCCAGCCGCACCAGAGCACCACGGAAAACGCUCCGAGUGGUGGGGAUCACGACCCCCCGACAGCCACUUACGGGUCAUCCUCAUCCGGGUCAUCCGGCUGGGGCUGGCGAGGACAGACGGUGGCGCCGCCGUCGCGAUAAAAUGGUUCUCCAAAGAUUAUGAGAAUCUCCCUUGCCUGGCUAUUUCUCUGUGCUCAGUGGGCGGCUCUUACUGUGUGGAGCUCACACUCCCGUGCUGUCGCUCCCCUCGACAGUGUAUAUUGUUAGUAUACAGGAAUGCAAAUGGGACCAGCCAGGGUAUGGUAGUGAAGGCAGCUGGAUCCUACAUAGCCAUCUGCCCCAUUCCAGUCCCAGAUCCAGAGUCUUAUUUCUACUUCCUGUCUGGGUGCCCCGAGUUCGUCCUCUUUGCCGUCGUGUCCUACGACCGCUACGUGGCCAUCUGCAGCCUGCUCCAGUACCCCGCCAUCAUGACCAGCUCUCUCUGCGUCCCUCUUGUGGUCCUCUCCUGGGCAGGUGGCUUUCUCCUCAUCCUCCCGUCCACGGUCCUGAAGGGGCCCUACUGCGGCCCCAACGUCAUCGACCGCUUCUGUGACAGCGGCCCCCUCCUGCACUUGGCCUGUGCCGACGUCCGCGCCAUCGAGCUCCUGGACUUCCUCAGCUCCCUGGUCCUGCUGCUCAGCUCCCUCUCGCUCAUGGUGGUCUCCUAUGUCUACAUCGUCUCCACCAUCCUGAAGAUCUUCUGGGGCCAAGGUCGCUGCAAGGCCUUUGCCACCUGUGCCUCGCACUUCACCAUGGUCUUCAUGGACUUCGGGAUCUCCAUCUUCAUGUACGUGCGCCCCUCCCAGAAGAGCAGCCUGCAUCUCAACAAGACCCUCUUCAUCCUCUCCAGCAUCCUCACUCCCUUGCUGAACCCCUUCAUCUUCAGCCUUCGGAAAGAAACCAUGAAAGACGCACUGAAGGACGCGUUGGCCAGGGGACAGAACUUGCUUAAGGAAAUGAGGUCCAAGUAA